AUGGCUAUUCACUCCCAUAUUGGUGUUCUAGCUUUCCCUUUUGGCUCACAUGCUGCUCCUCUCCUUACCCUUGUUCGACGACUAGCGGCGGCCUCAUCGUCAAGAGACAUAAUAUUUUCUUUCUUCAACACGGAAAAAUCCAAUUGCGCGAUUUUUUCGGGGCAGGAGUUUGACAACAUAAAAGCAUAUGACGUGUGGGAUGGGACGCCUGAAGGAGAAGCUUUUUCCGGUAGUCAUUUCGAGGCGAUGCAAUUGUUCCUUAAUGCAACGCCUGGUAAUUUUGAGAAGGCUAUGAAAGAAGCAGAAUCGGAAAGUGGUAUGAAAAUAAGCUGCUUAUUGACUGAUGCCUUCCUUUGGUUUGCCUGUGAUAUGGCUGAGGCAAGGAGGGUCCCCUGGGUGGCCUUUUGGACUGCUGCAUCUUGCUCUCUUUCAGCACACAUGUACACAGAUCAAAUUUGGAGCAUGCUGAGAUCAAUUGAUGCUGCAGAAAGAGAAGAAAAAGCUUUAGCUUUUGUACCAGGAAUGUCAUCAAUACGUUUCAGCGAUUUGCCUGGAGAAAUCCUACCGGAAAAGUCAGAAUCCCCAUUGGCAAUCAUGAUUUACAAAAUGGUACAGAAGUUACCAAAGUCAACUGCUGUUGUGCUCAACUCCUUUGAAGAAAUUGAUCCACUAAUCACAAAUGAUCUGAAAUCAAAGUUUCAGAAUUUUCUCAAUAUUCACCUUUCAAUCCUCAGUGGAGAUCCUCCUAUCCUCAGUGGAGAUUCAGGCCAGGAAUGCCUGUCGUGGCUCAAAAAACAAAGACAUGCAUCAGUUGUAUACAUUAGCUUUGGCACAGUAACGACACCACAACCUGAAGAACUGGCUGCAUUGGCAGAAGUACUUGAAACUGGUGAAUUUCCUUUUCUUUGGUCAAUGAGAGACAAUGCCAAGAAACUUCUACCAGAAGGGUUUCUCAACCGGACAAGCAAAUUUGGAAUGAUCGUGUCAUGGGCUCCGCAGCCGAAAGUUCUCGAAAAUCCUUCGGUUGGAGUAUUUAUAACUCACUGUGGGUGGAAUUCUGUCUUGGAGAGUAUAUCAAGUGGAGUCCCCAUGAUUUGCAGGCCUUUUUUUGGUGAUCAGAGUUUGAACAGCAGAAUGGUGGAGGCUGUAUGGAAAAUUGGAGUCGGGCUUGAAGGAGGGGUUUUCACCAAAAAUGGAACAAUUGAAGCUUUACAUUAUAUAAUGUCAAAUGAGACAGGCAAGGCAAUAAGAGAGAACAUAAAUAAGCUUAAACAGAAGGCUGAAAAUUCUGUUAAAUUAGAUGGGAGUUCAACUAAGAAUUUCAAAGCAUUGUUAGAAUUGCUCAAAAGUUCAACGGGGGUUUGA